AUGGCCUGCUGCACCACUAGCUUCUGUGGAUUCCCCACCUGUUCUACUGGUGGCAACUGUGGCUCCAGCUGUUGCCAGCCCAGCUGCUGUCCAACUAGCUGCUGCCAGCCCAGCUGCUGCCCUACUAGCUGCUGUCAGCCCAGCUGCUGCCAGCCUAGCUGCUGCCAACCCAGCUGCUCCAGCUGUUGUGAAUCUGGCUGUGGUGGCUUUGGUGGUGCCCAGGGGAGUAGCGGUGGAGCUAUGACCUGCCGCGUCAGGUGGUGCCGCCCUGAUUGCCGCGUGGAGGAUACCUGCCUGCCCCCCUGCUGUGUGGUCAGCUGCACCCCCCCAACCUGCUGCCAGCUGCACCAUGCCCAGGCUUCCUGCUGCCGCCCAUCCUACUGUGGACAGUCCUGCUGCCGCCCACAGUGCUGCUGCUACUGCUGCCAGCCCAGUUGCUGCCAGUCCAGCUGCUGUGAGCCCACCUGCUGUUAA